AUGGGCCGGUUAAAGGCGGCGGGCGUCGUGUCCGCCUGCAAGGUCGCGAGAGGACGGGCGUUGGGAACUUAUCUGAUUUAUGGCGGCAAUGGCGGCAUCGGCUUGGCGAUCGCGCGGACACUAGCCGACGACGGGCACGACCUGCAUCUGGUCGGGCGUGACGGCGACCGGCUUUCCGAGGUCGCGGCGGAGCUGGGCGCCGGGCACAGCGUCGCCGAUGUGACCGAUCCGGACCAGAUCGCCAGGGCGGCCGGCGAAGCCGGUGACGACCUGGCCGGGCUCGUCUAUGCGGUGGGAACGAUCAAUCUCAAGCCGCUCGGCCGUAUGACCGGCGACGACUUCCUGACCGAUUUCCGCGUCAACGCGGCGGGCGCCGCGCUGGCCGUGCAAGCCUCGCUCGAUGCGCUAAAGGCGGGCGAGGGCGGCUCGGUGCUGCUGUUCUCUUCGGUGGCGGUGAGCCAGGGCUUUGCCGCGCACGCCUCGGUUUCGAUGGCCAAGGGCGCCGUGGAGGGGCUGACGCGGGCUCUGGCCGCCGAACUGGCGCCCAAGGUGCGCGUCAACGCGAUCGCUCCCAGCCUGACCGCGACGCCGCUUGCCGCCUCUAUGACCGCAUCCGAACAGAUGGCCAAGGCGAUCGCCGGGAUGCACGCAAUCCCGCGGCUGGGCAGUGCAGAGGACCAUGCCGCGCUGGCGCAUGUGCUGCUCACAGAUGCGGGCGGCUGGAUCACCGGGCAGGUGAUCGGCGUCGAUGGCGGGCGAUCCUCGCUGCGCACCAAGGGCUGA